CAAAUGUUUAUUUUUUCAUAUCACUUUGAUUUGCUGUAAAAAUUCAUUAUUCUUAAAAACUUUCUUCUUUGAUCAUUAAGAUGAGAUUUGUUUUAAGAAAUAUUUUUGCAAAAGGUGCUGCUGGAACUAGUACAAACAUUUUAUCACGUAUUGCAGCCAACUUAAAUCCCCAUCACCUCCCAAGUGCUCCCAAAUUUUUCAGUAGUGGUAGAUCACAAAUUGAAACAUGUGGCUGCAAACACAUGACAAGGCUGCCUCAUAAUAUGGUAUCCAUUUUACAUCCACAACCAGCACAAAUGUUAUCCAGAUCACUUCAUGUGUCACAAGUCACUUUUCACGGUGAAUAUGAAUGGCAAGAUCCGAAAUCAGAAGAGGAAGUGGUGAUGGUCACAGUUUACGACAAGGAUGGACAACCGACUCAAGUGAAGGGGAAAGUUGGCGAUAAUUUACUGUACCUGUGUAAGCGAUUCGAGGUCCCGAUGGAAGGGGCUUGCGAAGCGUCCCUAGCAUGCACGACGUGUCAUGUAUAUGUCGACGAGGCCUUUCAAGAUCUUUUACCACCAAAUACAGAAAAAGAGGACGAUUUAUUAGACAUUGCUCCAUUCCUUAAAGAAAAUUCUCGACUGGGUUGCCAAAUAAUUUUGACGAAAGAACUUGAAGGACUUAAAAUUACAUUGCCUGCUGCAACUAGGAACUUUUAUGUAGAUGGACACAAACCAACAGCACACUGAUAGCUCUAUUAUUAUAUCUCGUUAUCAUUUGGACACAACCUGUAGGUUAUUGAUGAAUAAUUCAGUUUAUCGCAAAUAAAUCGUCUAGUCAAUAGUUCCAUCAA